CAGCAAGGAAUCUUUAUCGUGCAUGCUCUUUGGAUCUUAUCAUGGAAUUGUCAAAGACCACAAGUUUUCAGGCUUGUGUUCUUCCUGCUGUCGAUUUUCCUGUCGAAUCUUUUGAGUCUGUGCCAUUCAGUGAGCUCCCAAAGCGUGCUGGUGAUAAUCGCAUCCUCUCAGAUGUUGUUGGGCGCCUCCAUUCUAUCAGUGGG